CAUUUAAAUGCCCCAAGAGUUUGAGGAGGAUUUAGCCAUAAAUCCCCUGCUUCCAGCCUCUCUUCUUCCAGAACCUCAUUCGUCGAUCUCCACCACCUCGCCGGUUCUUCGUUCCGUGAUUGCCGGUAAGAGACAGAGCAAAUGACGAUCAAUCGUCUUCCUUUCAAGAUAAUCUUGGGUUCUUCAUCAGUGGCUCGUCGGCAUAUUUUAUCAGAGAUGGGUUAUGAAUUUGAAAUCAAGACUGCAGGUAUAGAUGAAAAAGCUAUUCGUAAAGAAAAGCCAGAAGAGUUGGUAAGAGUUUUAGCCGAAGCGAAGGCUGAUGCUAUUUUGUCUAGGCUGAAGGUUACAGAUUACAAGAACAUUGAGCCGACACUCCUCAUUACGUCUGAUAUUGUGGUGGUGCAUGAAGGGUCAAUUAGAGAAAAACCAAUCACAGAGGAAGAAGCAAACCAAUUUCUUAGAGGCUAUUCUGGCAGUCAUAUAACUACUGCGAAUUAUGUUCAUGUCAUCAAUCUCAAGACAGGCAUGAGAAUUGGAGGCUUGGAUAAAGCUGAGGUUUACUUCUAUCAAAUACCUGAUGAGGUUAUUCAAAGCCUGAUAAAGGAAAGAAUUGUAUUCAAUGUUGCUGGAGGGCUGCUGUUAGAACAUCCUCUGAUAUUGCCAUUAGUGGAAGCAGUGAUUGGGGCUCCUGAUAGCGUGAUGGGGCUUCCCAAGGCUCUUACAGAAAAGCUGAUCCAUGAAGCUCUCACUGAACAAGAAUCUUAGUUUUCAGAAUUAGGUGUUUUAUCAGGGACCAAUUUGUGAUUAUUGUAUUGUUUUUCUAAAGAUUUAAUUUAUGUUGGGGGAAAUGGCUCAUAUUUCAGAAACAACUCGUUAAUUAGUUCGUGUUUGAUACGUUUGCUAAGUAAACAAGCUAAAGAUGAACAAUUUUUUUGCGCUCUAUGU